CGUAUCAGUCACAUGAACAUAUGUCAAAAUCAAUUAUAAAAGUUAUCAAUUAAAACGAGACGAUUUAAAAUGAUAAAAAAUAAUUUAAGACACAUUAAACGAACGUGUUUAAGUUGCAUAAAUAUAGAGCUGUGGCACACAAACCUGGUGGUAUAUACAUAAUAGAUAUAGCAUUAUUAAAUAUACGUUACUUAAAAACAGUAACCAAUCUCACACACCAGUGAAACAUGGAACACACAGGACUAUUUCUACUGACCUUGUAUCUCGGGUGCUCGUGCGUUUCGGCCGGUGACUACCACUUCGAUAUCGACUAUCUAGUGCCGCCGAAGUGCCGCGCGUGUGACGUCAAAUCGUGUCCCCUGCUGACGUUCUGUACCGGCAUUGUCGUGAAGGACCAGUGCGGCUGCUGUCAGCGCUGUUCUUCGGACCUCUUCCAGUCGCAUGUGCAGCGGCACAAGCCGCAUCCACCGGAAAUACCGACAGCCAACCCACCGUCAACGACGGCUGUAUCUUUAGUUCAAGCACACGAGAAGCGGAAGUGCCACAGAUCCAAUCUGUGUGAAGUCAACCAGCAAGGAUUGCCUAUAUGCACGUGCCCGAGCAAGCGUAAGCGAAUUAGACGAUACGAUAAAAAUAAAGAUGAGCCCGUAGAAAUAUGUGGCACCAAUGGUGUAACAUAUCCGUCAAGAUGCCAUUUAAAAAUUGCUAAUUGCAAUAGCAAACGACGUAUUAAACGAAAGCAUGACGGCGUCUGUACGGGGGAUGACGUAACAGGCCUUAACUGGGAGAAGAACGAGAAGGCAAUAAAACCAAUAAAUAAUAUAAUAAACGAUCAAAAUACUAACUAUGUGGAUGUUCAACUACAUAAAGAGGACCAAAAACGACUUCGUGGAGGAAAACGCAAAGAAAGUAAGCAGAGUCGUAAGGCGAAGCAAAGAAAACUCAUGAAUGACAAAUUAAGCAAAAACAAUAAACGCCGGUUAAGAAACAGCCGGAUGGAGAGAAGGAAUCGUGACAACACCAUGUUCCAAAUCAACAACGACAGGCUUUUAGAGAGACCAACACAAUGGAGUAGUAGUCAGAUUAGAAAGAGCAAGAUAUAAUGAAAUCACCCAUGACGUGGUGGAAUAUAAAUUAGUGUUGACUUGGUCGUUGUUGUCGUUUACUAACAUUACGGGAAACCGACGUAGAAUUGUCAGUGUUUCGAUGGCAUAGAAUGGCUGCUUUUACAGCCAAGUCUGAAUGGUCAUUGAAAAUGUCACACAAGAAUCUCCGAUGUCUUAAAUGUCAUUGACUCAAAACAAUCAACUGCAAUUUUGACACCAGCAAAGCUUUUUUCGGAAUUCUGAAAGUUUUUGUUUGUUUCGUAUGUUUUGUGAAAAAAAAUAUGAGAACGGUCGAUAUGCCAAUGAAAUUCGGACAAAAUA